CCUGGGGAAAGCGUACUCCACAAUAACUAUACUGCGUAAAUAAUUUAUUCUCUCACCUUCCCCAUGUCCCCUGCAAAAAGUCCCUUAGCCCACCUUGAUUAUUGAUAUCAUCACAAGACCAAUCUCCUUUUCAUGCCUGCCAUUUAUAUCUUUGUCCGCGUAAUCCAAGUUCCACGAAGUCGCAAGUCCACCUUUCCCCGGAUUCGAAUCACAAUUUAGAUGUCACCUAGCAAAAUCGAAUAAUUAUCAAUUUUGAAAGAGUCUUUAUUGUAUGCGACAGUAUGGAAGCCCUUCAGCUAGCACAGAUGCUAGCAGAUCUCAAUGAUCUCCAAGCUGCUCAAGAUCAAUCUGCCGCCAAAAACUUGGUGAGCGUCAACCGAACGCUCGACCGUAAGGAACACCUACAGCAACAGCCAAGAAGCGUCCCCGAAGGCAGGGUGACAUCCCCAGCUAGUCGCAUGACGGACAAGUUUGGCCGUCGCAUGCUCACACCACCGUUGACGAGAACAAACUCGGCAUCGCCAUCUAUACCUGGCAGUCCUCUUGGAGGAGAGCGACCGGAUGCCGAUAUUGAUAGAGCUUCUACCCUGCUUUCCUUAUACGAAAUCCGCGCCAAAUUGAAGGAGCAAGAUAACAGCGGCUUAAUCAAGGCGCGCGAGAAGAUCAACGCCCUCGCCGUGAAACAUCAUACUCAGGUGGCUGUCGAACACAAGCACGAGCGAAAGGAAAUCAACCGGCUAAGCUAUCCAAAGUGAACAUGGCACAGCUCGACUGAAUACCCCCCAAAAUUUUCUAAUGACCAAUUGCAUUACGAUCAUCAAUCAUUGGCGUUACAAAGGAUCGAGCGGAGGAUGGGAAGCGGACAACAAAACACAGACGAGCAAGGAUGCUCCUGGGAUAAAACGGCGUAUGAACUGGCUAAACACUACAGAGUUGUGUGCAUUAACGAUUUGCUACUGGCCCGGCUACUAUGAUUCGGAAUAUGACUACGGUUAUGGGUGGAUUUUGAUUGAUUGGGCUUAAUGCUAAUAACGGUAGAAUGGCACGGAAUAUAUGAUUUAUCGCUCUACAGCGUUUUCCUCUAAAUCUAUCACGAUACCACCUUGCUUUGUUUUCUACGUGAUCGCCGAUGACCCUGAAGGCAUCGGACUUAAGAGAGUAUACCUAUUUCCUUAGUCGAUAAGGUGAGCCUUCUUAUCGAGCGGUCAGUAGGAUUAACCGUACAUCAUGAAAAUCAACGCCGGUCCUUUUGGAAAUGAUGAUGUAUUAGGAUGAUCGCGGUUGAUCUUGACAAGUUGCUCGUCUGCGUCAUAGAAGUGAAGUCGUGGCUAUUUUUGGCGCUGGUGGGUUACAGCUUUAAUAUACCACUACUACCAGAUUACAUAGGUACUAUAGGUAUAAUACAACAACUAAUAUCCAUCUUGAUUCUCGCUUCUCGGGUCCUGGC